AAGUUGUAGUGUGUGUCCAGUGUGGGGUUACAGUGUGUUUGCACAUUGUGGCACUGCUUGUGUUCCUCUUUCUGUGUAGAAACGAAGUGCACACAACCGGAUGCGCGGUUUUGGUUUUAACUCAACGGCAGUCAACCCGGAAAAAGCCAUGUCACUGCUAUCAUGUGCUAACGCUAACUCUCCGGGUCUUGCUCCAAAACUCGUGUUUAAUCCUCAGUACCAUGAUAUUCAGCGGCGCUCGCGACUUCUAACAGUGUAGCAGGAGGAUCCAGGACUUCAAAAACCUGGGCACAAUCAUUCUGGGACAUGCCUUACCUGGACAGACACAAUCGCAUCUGUGGAUUCUUGGACAUAGAGGAAAAUGAGAACAGCGGCAAGUUUUACCGGCGCUACUUCAUCUUGGACGCGCCGCGGAACUCCCUCCUCUGGUACAUGGAUAAUCCACAGAAUUUGCCAGAGGGAGCAGACUGUGUUGGAAGUUUGAGGCUCAGUUACAUUUCAAAGGUUGGCGAAGUCUCCGUCAAACAGAAGCCCAAGACGGAGUUCUGCUUUGUGAUAAAUGCUUUGUCUCGACGGUACUUCCUGCAAGCCAACGAUGCUCUGGACUUAAAGGAGUGGGUCACUGCCCUGAAUAAGGCCACUAAAAUUACAGUUCCCAAAAACCCAUCACCGGUUACUCAGAGCACAGACGCUGUCCCUGUGACGGGCCAGACUCCGUCAACAACUCGGCAGGCCUACAAAACAGAGAUUGUGGGAGGCGUGGUGGUCCAGACACCGGUCCAGCAGAAUGAAACAGAUGAUGUGUUCACUAAUGAAGUGGCUCCACAUGUGACUCUGAGAAGAUGCCAGAGUUUACGGCCAAACAUUCUGAGAUCAGGCUACUGCGUCAAACAAGGCAACGUGAGAAAAAGCUGGAAAAGAAGAUUUUUCAUUUUAGAUGACCAGACUGUGAGUUACUAUAAAAAUGAAACGGAUAAAGAUCCAUUACGCAGUAUUCGGUUGAGGGACAUACAAAAGGUUCAUGAGUGCCUUGUAAAAUCAGGGGAUCUGCUGUCACGUGACAACCUCUUUGAGAUCAUCACAAAUGCAAGAACCUUCUACAUUCAGACAGACACACCUGAAGAAAUGAAUGGCUGGAUAAAAGACAUUGCAUCAAAAAUUCAAGACUUUAGAGGACCGUCAAAGAGUUAUCGUUUCGGCUCAAGCCAGUCGAAACCACCCCUGAUAAAAUCCUGCUCCACAGCACAGUCCUGGCAGCCAUGGACCCCUGUCCCAAAGAAAACGACUCAUUCGGUAGACGAAGAGUUAAGAGAGAGCACUUUCUGCUCGCUGCCUUCUCUCUCAGACGCACGGGAAAGCUCGGAGUCCAGGAUACGCCAGAGACAUCACUCUCAGCCUCAACAAUCUGCCACAGACCCACACUUUGCCAUGGACAUUGACAUGCACAUACGCACCUCUGAUGUCUAAAUCUGUUUUCUGCUUUUUUCUGCUCACCAGCACAGUUUGUUGUAUUACAUUAUCUUUCAUCUUUUAUUUGUGCUCUUUUUUUUCUUUUUUUGUUCAAAUGAAGGCCUUCAAAUUUCACACAACAUGCAAAUGCUUUUAGACAUAAUAAGUGUGAUGGAAAUCAGUGAACAAGGCAACAUGGCUUUGAGAUCCUCAUUAGUGAGACUGUACAGGUGAAUAUAUUUUAUGAACGGUGCUGAAAGAAGGAGCCGUAAUUUUUUAAGUGUGUGUAAAAAAAGAAAAAAAAGAAAUAAUACGACAGGCUGCAUGGGCUCUUGUGAAUUUAGAGAGUUUUACAUGUAUGAGUGACCACAUAUUUGUCUUUGCUCCACAAUGUAUCAUGUUUGGCAUACACUUGAAAGUAUUAUGGAUAGUCAGAAUGUUGACAGGUUUGUUUUUGAUUGUAUUGUACUUUUAAGUGUGCAUAAAAUGCUGCUGCGCUAAGGAAUUUAAAUAAAAUAUAAAUUGGGAGAACA